GCCGGCCGCACUCCGCCGCGCGGCCACAGUCCGCGACUACGCUCCGCGGCGGCAGCGUCUCCGACCGCCAGGCACCCAGCGCGGCCGCGUGAUAACACAAAAAUCCACACCUAAAUCAAAUAAAUACUAUUCCUGUCUAUAUCGCGACGUGGACGUUCGUUACAGUGUGUGUCGUGGCGGCGUGAGCGCGGAAUCAACACAUUCGUAAGGGCGUCAAGAAUGUCUGCGUGCUGAAACUUGUGGCGAGGUGUCGAUAGCUUGACAACAUGACCAAGAGGUUCGAGUUCAACUGGCAGAUCCCCGUUCCCGAGCCCCUGCUGCAGGGUGCUGUCUUCGAUCGCUGGACAGAAGAGAAGGACAACACAGAAUUCGAACAGAACUGCACCUUCAAAGUCGACGAAUAUGGCUUCUUCAUCUACUGGAAGAGUGAUGGCAAGGAUGGUGACGUCAUCGAGCUGUGUCAGGUCAGCGACGUCAGAUCCGGUGGAGUGCCUAAGCCUGACUCGAAACUCAGCACGAACCUGAUGAACAAACAUGGAGAGAAUCUGGAAGACAAGUCGUUGACCAUCUGCAGUGGCACAGACUACAUCAACAUCAACUACCAGCAUGUCGUCUGCCCUGAUGCUGCCACUGCUAAGGCAUGGAAAGAGGCUCUUCGGGAGAUCACACACAACAACAAAAUAAACAACACGUGCCCAAGAACUAACCUCAUGAAACAUUGGAUGCGUCUCUGCUUCCUGACGGAUCCACGAGGGAAGGUGCCAGUCAAGGUGGUCGCGAGGACCUUUGCCUCUGGAAAGACCGAGAAGCUGGUCUACCAGUGUCUGUCCGAGCUGGGGCUCCCGUCGGGCAAGAAUGAAGCUAUGGAGAAGGAGGCCUUCACCUUCGACAAGUUCUAUGCUUUGUAUCACAAGAUCUGUCCUAGAAAUGAUAUUGAAGAACUGUUUAGAUCGAUUACUCAAGGCAAGUCGGACCGCAUCAACUUGGAUCAGUUUGUGAACUUCCUGAAUGAGAAGCAGCGUGACCCUCGCCUUAACGAGAUCCUGUACCCGCUGUACGAUGAGAAGAGAGCUGCUGAGAUCAUCAACACGUAUGAACAGAAUGAUGAGGCUAAGAAUGAUAAAUGCCUCACAAAGGACGGUCUGAUCCGCUACCUGAUGUCUGACGAGAACGCGCCGGUGUUCCUGGACCGGCUCGACAACUACAUGGACAUGGACCAGCCCCUCGCGCACUACUACAUCAACUCCUCACACAACACCUACCUCUCGGGGAGACAGUUCGGAGGGAAGAGCUCCGUGGAGAUGUACCGACAAGUGCUGCUGGCUGGAUGCCGUUGCGUGGAACUCGACUGCUGGGACGGUAAAGGAGAAGACGAGGAACCAAUCAUAACCCACGGCAUGGCGAUGUGUACCGACAUCCUCUUCAAAGACGUGAUCUACGCGCUCCGAGACACAGCCUUCGUGACGUCAGACUACCCCGUCAUCCUGUCAUUCGAGAACCAUUGCUGUAAGGCACAGCAGUAUAAGCUGGCGAAGUACUGUGAUGAAAUCCUCGGAGAUUUGCUGCUGAAGGAAGCUCUGCCAGAACACCCUUCGUUACAAUUCCAGUUGGAGCCUGGGAUUCCUCUGCCCCCGCCCUCUGCCCUCAAGCGAAAGAUCAUGAUCAAGAACAAGCGUCUGAAGCCCGAAGUGGAGAAGCAGGAGCUGGAGCUGUUCCGUCAGGGACAGUUCGUGAUAGAGGAUGAGGAGAAAGAAGAUGCGUCAGCGGUCGCUAUUCCUGAUAAGAAGCCUGAGGAGAUAGUAGCAGAGGCAGCAGUAGCCGGUGACGACGCGCCGCCGCCGGUGGCCUACACGGGCUCUACCACCAACGUGCACCCCUGGCUGUCCUCCAUGGUCAACUACGCGCAGCCCAUCAAGUUCCAGGGCUUCGAGGAGGCUGACAAAAAGAACAUCCACCACAACAUGUCUUCGUUCGCGGAGACGACCGGCAUGAACUACCUGAAGACGCAAGCCAUCGACUUCGUGAACUACAACAAGCGCCAGAUGUCCCGGAUCUAUCCGAAGGGAACCAGGGCUGAUUCCUCUAACUACAUGCCACAGGUAUUCUGGAACGCCGGCUGCCAGAUGGUAUCCCUGAACUUCCAGACGUCCGACCUCCCGAUGCAGCUGAACCAGGGCAAGUUCGAGUACAACGGCAACUGCGGCUACCUCCUCAAGCCGGACUUCAUGCGGCGAGCUGACAGGAGCUUCGACCCGUUUGCGGACGCGCCCGUAGAUGGCGUCAUCGCGGCGCAGUGCUCCGUACAGGUGAUAGCCGGACAGUUCUUGUCAGACAAGAAGAUCGGCACAUACGUGGAGGUGGACAUGUACGGGCUGCCGUCCGACACCAUCCGUAAGGAGUUCCGUACUCGCAUGGUGCCCGCCAACGGACUCAACCCUGUCUAUAAUGAAGAGCCGUUCUUGUUCAGAAAGGUUGUCCUGCCGGACCUGGCUGUCCUUCGUUUCGGAGUGUACGAUGAGAACGGCAAGCUGCUGGGCCAGCGCAUCCUGCCGCUGGACGGGCUGCAGGCCGGCUACCGACACAUCUCACUCCGGACUGAGGCCAACUUCCCCAUGUCACUGCCCAUGCUGUUCUGUAAUAUCGAGUUGAAGAUCUACGUGCCUGAUGGCUUUGAAGACUUCAUGGCAGCCCUGUCAGACCCGCGUGCCUUCAUGGGCGCGGCGCAGGAGCGGACAGACAAGGUCAAACAGAUGGGAAUCGAGGAGACCGGACCCGAUAAGAAGGUGCAGAUAGAAGAGAAGAAAGCUGAGCCUCCCCUGGUGUUCGAGCCCAUCACAGUGGAGUCUCUCCGCCAGGAGAAGGGCUUCGUGAAGACUGGCAGGAAGCAGCAGAAGGACCUUGAGGCGAUGAGGAAGCGCCACGCGAAGGAGAAGAUGGCGCUCCAGAAGACGCAGUGCAGCGCGCUCGAGAAGAUGAUCAAGGGAAAGAACAAAGACCAGCUCAGCAACGACGCCGCCUUCCGCAAGCUCGUGAACGAGCAAGCCACAGCAUGGAGCGAGCUGGUGGCCAAGCACCGCGUGGAGGAGUGGACCAGCGCUCGCAGCCGCCUCAACGAGCAGCGAGACCUGCUCAAGAAGAUGAUGGAACAGACACAGCUGGCGCAGAUGAAGCAGCUUGAGGGCAAGCAUGAGAGGGAGCUGAAGGAAAUGAACGCCCGUCAAGCCAAGAUCAGCAUGGAGACCAGCAAGGAGGUGGCUAAUGACAAGACUCUGAAGACCAAGCAGGAGAAGGAUCGCCGGCUCCGAGAGAAGAAGCAGAACAACACCAAGAAGUUCUUGGAUGAGAGAAAGACUCAGACCAUCAAGCAGAACCGCGAGAAGGAGAAGCUGAAGGUGACUCACGACAAGCAGAUGGAAGAGCUCUCUAAGGAUAUCGAUAACCUGAUCGAGAUGUACAAGAUGGAGGAGUCCGAGUUCGACAUGACGAGUAAAACGGAGUUCUUUGCAUGAAAAUACCCCGACAUUGCUCCCCUGUUGGAGCAAUUGUCUUGAAAACAGUGAAUACGUGAUCUCCAUAGUUAAUAAACUAUUUGACAUUAAAAAAACAAUUGAAAAA